AUGAUGUUAUCUAACAUAUCACUAAGUCCAAGUCGAAAACGACAACGAGUAAUGAUUAUUACUGCUGAUGAUGAUAUUAUUGAUGAAAUUGAAAAAACUAAUAAUAUAUCAUUAAUAGAACAAAUUGUUCUUCCAUCUCAAGACAACAAUAAUAAUAAAAGAUCGAAUCAACAAAAUCCAGUCGAAUCAUUCUAUCCAAAGAAUAAAUCUAAAAGUGGUUCUUUGAUUUGUGUUGUUUGUGAAUCAUCAGCAUCUGGAUAUAAUUUUGGUGCAAUUGCUUGUGAAAGUUGUAAAGCUUUCUUUCGUCGUCAUGCGAGAAAAGAACCUACUGCUUUUCAUUGUAGUGACAAAAAUGAUUGUAAAAUAACAUCUGAAACACGUCGAAAUUGUUCAGCAUGUCGUUUAGCCAAAUGUUUUUCUAGUGGAAUGCAAUGUGAUCGACUUUCAUCGAUUGAACAAAAAGCAGAAAAACGUCGUCAAAUCGAAGAAAAUCGAAAAUUAGCAUCAAAUUUAAAAUCUAAAAUAAAUGAAGAAGAAAUUCAAUUUUCAUCAUUAACAUGUUCAGAUAAUUUAAUUCCAUCAAUAGAUACAAAUGUUCUUUUUACAGAUUUUACUUAUCUUUUACAAACUCAACCACAACAAGCAUUACUCACUUCAGACGAUUUACAACGUAUUGAAACUAUAUCUAAUUCUUAUCAUAAUCGUAUUGAAUUUGCGGCUCGUAGUGGUCUUCCAUGGGAUCCAUCAAUGCAUACAAAAACAUUUAUUGAAGUUCUUAAUAGUCAAUCAGUACCAGUUAUGAGACUUUUAUCAUAUUUUAAACAAAUACCUGAAUUUGAUCAAUUAAAUGUUGAUGACAAAGUAACUUUAAUAAAACAUAAUCUUAUAACAAUUCUUGGUAUCAAUACAGCACUUUCAUAUAAAACUGAUACGUGUGAAAUAAUCGAAAAUGAUUCUGAUGCUCCAUCAAAUACCCAAUACUAUUCAGUACUUCAUGGUUAUCAGAUUUGUAAACAAUUACACAAAAUCUUUCAUUCAUUUUUAGAAAUAGCUCAAUGUGAUAGAAAAAUAAUUGAAUUAAUUCUUAUUAUACUUAUUCUUACAAAAGGUUUUUCAAUAACGAAUUAUAAUGAUGAUGAACAAAUACUUAAUGAUAAUAUGUCUGUAUAUCGUGCACAUAAUUAUUAUACAGAAUUAUUAUGGAAAUAUAUUGAAACUAAUCAUGGAUAUAAAAAAGCUAUUGAUUUAUUUAGUCAACUUAUUCCUCAUGUUAUUUCAUGGCAAAAACUUCAUGAUGAUAUGAGAAAUAAUAUAUUAAAAACAUUAUCACCAGAUGAUACAAAACAAUUAUUACCAAUUAUGAAAUCAAUAUUACGUAUUUUAUAA